UCACCCCCUCAGCCCCACUCAGCCCACCUCGGAACUCAGCAACAUGGGACUCACGCAGGACCCCGUCUUCCAACGGCUGCAGCAAUGGUACACGGCCCACGCCUUGAACCUCAACAUGAGGCACAUGUUUGACGGUGACAAAGAGAGGUUCCACAAAUUCAGCCUCACGCUGCAGACCGACGACGGAGACAUCCUGCUGGACUACUCCAAGAACCUCAUCACCGAAGAAGUGAUGAAGAUGCUGGUCGAACUGGCCAAGUCGAGAGGCAUGGAAGCGGCCAGAGAGACCAUGUUCACCGGAGACAAGAUCAACUUCACUGAGGGUCGCGCUGUGCUCCAUGUGGCUCUGCGAAACCGCUCCAACACCCCCAUAAUAGUGGACGGCAAAGAUGUGAUGCCGGAGGUUAAUAAGGUUCUGGACAAGAUGAAGAACUUUUGUCAUAGGGUUCGUAGCGGUCAGUGGAAGGGCUACACGGGAAAAAGCAUCACUGACGUCGUCAAUGUUGGGAUAGGAGGAUCCGAUCUUGGGCCCCUGAUGGUGACGGAGGCCCUAAAGCCGUACUCCAAGGACGGGCCGGCCGUGUGGUUUGUGUCCAACAUCGACGGGACGCACAUCGCCAAGACGCUAGCCCAGCUCAACGCUGAGACCACGCUCUUCAUCAUCGCUUCCAAGACCUUCACAACUCAGGAGACCAUCACCAAUGCUGAGUCGGCCAAAGCGUGGUUCUUGGAGCACGCCAAAGAUAAAAGUGCUGUGGCCAAACACUUUGUUGCUCUUUCCACCAAUGGCCCCAAAGUGAAGGACUUCGGCAUCGACACCGAGAACAUGUUUGAGUUCUGGGAUUGGGUUGGGGGGCGUUUCUCCUUGUGGUCAGCGAUUGGAAUGGCCAUUGCCUUGCACAUUGGCUUUGACAACUUUGAGAAGCUCCUGGCAGGCGCCCACUGGAUGGACAAGCACUUCCAAACAGCUCCCCUUGAUAAAAAUGCUCCGGUGCUGCUGGCACUACUGGGCAUCUGGUACAUCAAUUUCUUCCACACGGAAACCCACGGCAUGCUGCCCUAUGACCAGUACAUGCAUCGCUUUGCCGCUUACUUCCAGCAGGGUGACAUGGAGUCUAACGGCAAGUACGUCACCAAAAAUGGCACUCGUGUAAAUUAUCACACCGGGCCCAUCGUGUGGGGUGAGCCAGGCACCAACGGGCAGCACGCCUUCUACCAGCUUAUCCAUCAAGGAACGCGCAUGGUGCCUUCCGAUUUCCUUAUCCCGGCCCAGUCGCAGCACCCCGUCAGGGACAACCUGCACCACAAGAUCCUGGUGGCCAACUUCUUGGCCCAGACGGAGGCUCUCAUGAGAGGGAAGACCACCGAGGAGGCUCGCAGGGAGUUGGAGGCCAGCGGCCUUUCUGGGGAGGCUCUGGAGAAGAUUCUGCCACACAAAGUGUUCCAAGGAAACCGGCCCACCAACUCCAUCAUCUUCAAGAAAUUGACCCCUUACACGCUCGGUGCUCUCAUAGCCAUGUAUGAGCAUAAAAUCUUCAUCCAGGGUUUGAUGUGGGAGAUUAACAGCUUCGACCAGUGGGGCGUGGAACUGGGCAAGCAGCUGGCAAAGAAGAUCGAGCCCGAGCUGCAAGACGCCACCGAGGUGCACUCCCACGACGGGUCCACUAACGGACUCAUCAACUUCCUCAAAAAGAACUUCGCCUGAGAUUCUUGCACUCGUCGUCGUUUUUAUCAUAACUAAUAAUAUCAAUUUAUCAAUGAUUGUACGAUGUAUUAAAAAAGGGUUUCUUUUCCAUUGGCACAUG